AUGUCAGCUUUGGCUUAUAGAGUUUCUGCAGUGUUGUCCCAUGCGGGUGUCGGCUAUGAUGACAUGAGACGUUUAAACCGAAUGGGCAUUAGCAUGUCUCCAGACAGGAUGAUAAACCUUCAACACCAAAUAGGAGAGACUUACAACUCCAAGAUUCAAGUAUGGAAAAAAAACAUUGAAACGAACAGGUCGACGGUCAAAUUUCUUCAAGAAGUGAAAGAAAAGCAGGUUAAAGAUUGCAACUCAGACGAUAUGGACAUUGACACACAAAUAGACUUGACGGACAAUGUUGUAAACACCUACUCGUCGUAUACACCCGAAGUACUGCAACAGGCUACUAAGCUGAUUUCGAAAAUUCAAAUCUCGCCGAAUGAAACAGGUGUAACAGAUGAAAAUUUGAAGGACGCAAUCAAUCAUCUGGAAUCUGAGAAACUUCCUUUGUACAAGUAAGCAAAAUUUUUAUUAAUGUAUUCUGUACUCGGGCUAGCUUGUACAUUUCAUUUGUCAUUUAUAUAGCCUUUCUCACGAAUGUCAAAUUCACAAUUUUUGGAGCGCACUUUUUUUUGAAAACGACGUGAAAAAUCUAAGCGAUGUGAAAACAUUUUUUCAAAUAUUUAACUGUAAAUUAACUUAUAAUGAUUAAACUAUAUUUAUAAUUAGUUAUAGAAUCCUUUAUUUACUGCGCACCUAAAAUAAGAACAAAUCGUUUGAGGGCAUUUACACGACCAAUUUUUAUGUGGCAAUUUUUCAUAUUUUUAUGUGACAAAUGUAUUUGGUCGUGUAGAUGAGAUAACAAAUAAUUGUUGAUUGCUGUUUAAAAAAUAUCUAUGAACAACGGUAUCUCGCGCAAUAAAACUACAAUUAUAUUUUUACAAAUAUGGCGGGAAAAAAAAAUGACAUUUUAUGUGACAAGUAAUCUACACGAGCAAUUUUUCGUAUGUGACAACUUUUAUUUGUUACAUAAAAGCUAACACGCUAGUUUUUCAGCAACUGCAUGUAUUUGCCAACCAAAAAUUGCCCAAUUGUCCUCGUCUACACGAGCAAAUAAAAAUUGUCAUAUAAAAAUUGUCACAUAAAAAUUGGUCGUGUAAACGGGGCUUAUUAAUAAAACACCUCAAAGACAAAGAAUAAAUUUUUUCAACACCCUUUUUGAAAGGAUGUCAUUAUAAAAAAUAGCUAAAAUAAAAUAAUUUCUUCUCGAUUAUCCGAUACUGCAUGUGAAUAACCUCUCAAAAACUUUUUUGUAGGAUUGUUGGCGACAAUGUCGACCUAGAAGUUCAUGCUAGAAUUCAAACCAAAGAUCAUGGGAAUAAAUCUAUUCACUGGACACAUCAAUUCGCAGAACGAGCUCGCAUUGUCCCAUCAAUUCCUACAAAGCAAACCCAUCAAAAAAGGUUAAAAGAUGUCCAGCUGGUUGAAUUACUGCCAUCUGCCGACGUGUUGAACUCAUUAAAGGAAACUUGGGGUAUCCUCAUCAGCAGAGUGCUAUGUAAGUAUGUCAAAGCGUUGAGAUGUUUUAAAGAUGUAGUGAUCCAUCAUAUUCCCCACAAAUAUUCUGAGAAAAUGGCAAAGAAAUCUACGUCGGUAAAUAUUUUUUACUAUAUUUUGAAACGUAAAUGUCCGUAUAAAAUAUUAGUUAUAAAAUACAUAUACAAUUAUACUCUCCCAUUUUCCUAGUGAAGUGCCUCACCCCUCUAGCCCUCCUACAGAAUAGUAAAUAGUAAGCUUCUUUGGUCUGCAUGCAAAAUAGCCAAUCCUUCAGAUAGAUUUUUACUCAUAUGUUCAUUGUUUGAUGACAUUUUAGUGUUGCUUGGAUUUGUACUUCUUAAACCCAAGAACCUUCUUAAACCCAAGACAAAUAUGUCCCGACUUCCACAGUCGAUGGUAAAGAUAGUGUGUUAUUGCGUGUUGCACAGCAUGGUGACCAGUUAUUUGAAGAGAGGGGACGGAAUGUUCAGUGGGCUUUUGGUGAUGGUGCAAACCAGUAUGACAGACUAGAAGGCUUAAGGACCGAAUUUGCUGAUUGGCAUGCAAAAUUUACACUUUACAAGGUGAAUAUACUUUGUAUAAUUCAAUAUACUCAUAUUUUUGUAGAUACAAAAAUAGAGCACCCCUAGCCUGCAUCUGUUAACAAACUGGUUAGGCGGUGUUUAUAUGAGCCCCACAUAAAGGGCUGUGCCCUAUCAGUAGGGCUGAUUUUCACCACUGCCCAAGGGCUGAUUUCCUAUUACAAGUUGCACUUAAUGGUUUUGUGCAACUGAUUACUUUUAUUAUGGUGACCAACAGACAUUUCAAUAUUCAUUUAGAACUACAUUAAAGGUGAUCUACAGUCCGAUCUGCGCAUGUGCACAAAUGAGCCCACUUUUUAUGAUACAAACAGUUUAACUAUGUUUUGAGUUCUUGAAAAGCCUGAUUGUUGUUUCUUGAUCAUUUAUUGUACUCUAGAAGCUUGAAAAUAUAAAUAGUUGUCGAAUAAAGCUCAAUAUUUUGGACACAAAAAUGUAAACAAAGGCUUUGUUUACAUACGGACUGUAGAUCACCUUUAAAGCUUUAAAAAAUUUAGUUUGAAGUCAAUUUAAUGGCAUUUUUACUCAGCCCUACUGGAAAAUUUCCAUCCAUAAUAUGCGAGAUCUCGCCCAAUAGGGCUUCUUGGUGGGCCUGCACAUGGGUUAAGUAGGACUGGCCGGCUGGCCCUCCUGUCAUAUAAACACAAACAAUGUAUUAGCAAGUGUGAUCUCACAUAGGAAUGCCAGCCCUUUAUGUAGGAAUCAUAUACAUGUAAACAGUACCUUAGAAACCAACUUGCCCCAUCCUGAACAUUCCAGACUAUGUUUUGCAGCUUGUCAACUUGUUCAGGAGUGGGCUGCCUGUAAACUAAAGUCAUUUAUAAGAUACUGUCUAUUUGUUUACAGUCUGAGUUUGAUAUAUUCGUUAACACACAAUCAGCUGCUGAGGUAGGAACAAGUGCCGCAAGCAUAAACAGAACUGGAAAGACAAAUGCUCGAAAAGGAAUCCAGUCAAAUUACAAUGAUUACAAGGAUUUCCACGAAAGGGAAAUGGAGGCACACAUAUGUGCAGCAUUUAUGGAGAUGUUAUCAAUGAGUACACUUGAAGGUAUGAUAAUCAAUUUGUAUAUUUGUAUGUUCAAGUUUUAAGCAGAUGUAUCCUAAUCCUGUUUUACAAAAUAUGUUCACUUUUAAAAGUUGGAAUAUUGAUAUUUGUCAAUAUUGAUAAGACAUUAAUGGUUUAUAAUUUCAUUUUGAUUCAACACAUUAAAGCUGAUAAUUCGCCUGUAGCAAGUGAAAUUGUCUUGCAUAUAGACAAAUAAGGUAUAUAAUAUAAGUGCAUUUGGACACAUUGCAUAUCACAUAAUUAUCUCACAUGUGAAAUCUAUAUCUAUUGUAUCUUAAAUAUUUAGAUUCUAUACCCAGUAUGCCAAAUAAAGAUGUACCAAAAACUAUCAGACAGAAAUGGUUGUUGGAUAUUUGCAAAGGCAUUGUGGACAAGUAUGUCUUUGGAGUACCAGAUGUGAAUACACUUGUUGAAGAAACUCAAAAUUUACAAAAUGCCACGACAGCUGAAUUUGUGUGCAGAGCACCAACAUGUAAUGCAAAGUACAUACAUCACUCAGGAAGAGUAAGGUACAGUAUAGUACAUAUCUCCAAUCAGGGACAUCGGAAUGGCUGCAAAAGUGGGGAGGGGGCACACUUUGCGCCUGUCAAAGGCACAUGACAGCAGGUGGCAUUCUAGGGGAGUCUGGGGCAUGCCUCUUGGAAUAAUUUUAAAAUUAUAGUCUCUGAAGUGCCAUUUCCUGCACAUAGUUCUGAAGGUAACAAAAUGUCAUAAAAUAUCUGAAAUUGUUUUGUCUACAUGCAUAACUGAAAUGAUAUAAUUUAACUUUGUGGUUUAUUACUGAUCAUUGUUAAAAAGUUAGGGGGGCACAAAGACAUUUAGGCCACUCAACUAAAAAAGUGGAGAGAUGCCCCCCCAACUUCUGAUGCCCCUGGCUCCAAUACAAUGAAGGAAAUGUAUAAAAAUUUGUAUGGAAAUCAUGGGUUCACUCUGUCUAAUGUCAUGGUUACUUAGAAGUACUCUAUUCAUGUUUUCAGGCAUGAGAUAAAGAAUCAUGGUCACCAUUUUAACAAGAUAGAUGGUGAGCGAGAUGAAUAUGGAUAUUACUACUGCCAACAUGGUUGUGGCUAUGUUUUUUCAACAAAAGCAACGAGAACAAAGUGAGAAUUUAAAUAAUCAGACAACUUAUAAGUUCAUAGAACUACAACUAUAUAUAACUAUAUGUAAUGAAUUAACCCUUUAAGUGGCAAUGCACCCCAAUGCGCCCCACUUUAUUGUUUUACUCUGUCUAAUGUCUCUGUCAAUGGGUUAAUCAAUAGGUGCAUUAACACAUUGGAUGACAAUGCACUCAAAUGUGCCCUAUCUUAGUUUUCCUUGCUCUUUCUAAUGCCAGAUGUUUGUUGUCAAGGAGAUUCUUAUAAUGCAAUAAGUUUGCAUGUAUCAGUACCUUAUAAACAUAUAUUUAACAUUUACAGGCAUGAAGAACGUACACAUGGUAGUGUUGCUGCACCUGUAAAUGACACUGAAAGUGUUGAUGAUGAUUGUAGUGAGCAAGACUAUCUAUACAACUACCACACUGCCAAGCUAACAUAUGGUUUACUUCUAUUGGAAUUCAACGAUGCUGUAAAGGAAGGAGAUGGAGAACGCUUAUUCAAAGUGUAUAAAUUAGCAAUGCUUUUCUAUAGAAAGUAUGGUCAUUUUAAGUAUGCAUAUGCAGUUCUUUUAUAUUCGAGCCAGAUAAAAGCUAUAUUGUCAGAGUCAGAGGCAUGUGAUUUAAAGUGGAACAGAUUUCACAACAAGUUUGGUGGAAAGGGUAGGAAUAUCCCUCUCGAUUUGAAAAAGGAACAACAAAACAAAGUGUUGAAAACGAUGUGGAAAGGUCUUGGGUCAAACCUGUCAGAACAGAGUGCAUCUCGAGUACCUAAAGCAUUAGAUUCAAUUGAAGAUCCUAUGAGCUCCAUUGACACUGACUGUAGAUUGGAAAAAAGGCAAGGACGAAAUUCUAAGAAAGGUCCUGAAGAAAGCGUCACACAAAUUCUUGGAGACUUGAUGAAAAAACAAGUUUUUCUGCUUACCCCUGGACGAGAAGGUCACAAAUCGUUUCCAAAAUUUGAAGCGAACCUCUUAGAAGGACUAGAUUACAGAGACCUUCACAAAUGGAUGACUGAUCAUCUUUCAUUAUGA